AGCAUGUAAGUAUUGGUUUACUUAUACCUACCAACCAAUCUUAAUUAACUCCAUGUUACUGGUGUUUGAAUCACGAUAUAGCCCCAUCAAAUCAACGACCUACUGAGUACAGUAUUAAUGUUUUGUUUGUUUACUUUCUUCAACUCAUUUCAUUCUUUUGAUAUCUGAGUUUAUUUAGCUAGUAUUGUAAGUAUAAUCAUUUCUACUUUUUCUCUUGCCUGCCCUUUUGAUUUAUUUUGGUGUAUGGUUGCCAAGAACUGACGUCAGUUCCUGGUCUUUAUGUGCCCGUUCCAUGCAUCACUUUGCUCAGGGGAAAAGUUUUGAUGACUUUGAGCCUUACCUCGGAAACAGCAAACAUGCGAGUAGAACUCCUGUGACACUGGAGAACAAUGUCUCCAAAAGCCUUGCUGCUGAUAAUGUGAAAGCCAGCAAUGCUGCAAAGAUCAAAGUGGAGGUGCGCAAAAGACCACUAAAUAAGGAAGAAUUGAUGAAGAAUGAGGAAGACAUCAUAGAAACACAUUUUAAUUCUCUCAUUGUUCAAGAGAUAAAACUUAAGGAAUUACAGUCGACAACACAACACUUGUCUUCAGCUUUACCACCUACUGAGACAUUUGAAGAUGAUAUGGGCGGUUCAUGGCCUGAACGUACUGAUAAUGAAAGUUAUGAUGAAGACUCCUAUGAGCAAGAGAAGCCUUCAAGGAAGAACUCAAAAGUUGAGGCAUAUAAUUUUUCGUACUCAGAGGAUAAGACGAGAACCAAUGGCUAGACCAAAUGGAAAGGGCAACCUAAGAUGGAUAUGAAAAAUUCAGAGGAUAAUCUGAAUCUCUUUUGAAGGAAGAAGAUCUCAUGAAUGCUCAGAGGAGACAAGUAGAGGAAACAAUGGAUAUCGUCAGAGAAGUCAACACUAUUCUGAAUUUUAUUGUACCAUAUGUAGCAAGGAGAUGAAUCUAUUGGUCAAGGCAGAUCAACCAGGAAAUCAGUUGGAUUAUUACAUCUCGAAAUUGAAUACAAUCCUCUCUCAGAAAGCAGCUGGUAUCUUACAGUUACAGAAUCGCUUGGUUCAUUUUCAACAGCGCUUAAAGGAGCACAAUGUUUUAGUGUCGUCUGGUGAUCGAGAAAUUUGUACGAUAAUGCACAUGUAAAACAGUUUGUGAUACAUACAUAUUGGUCAAGAAAAAGUUGAUGCAGUAAUUCAUUACGACUUGGUGGUUUUACUCGGGCAUAUUCAGUUCUCAACACGAUGAUUAUUCAAUCA